AUGGUCCUCCCCGAGAUGUCAUAUAACGCGCCGUUUCUCUCCCACGGCCUACUGUCCGUCGCUGCUCUGCACAAAGCUCACCUGCUACCUGCAAGAAGGGACAAGUAUCUCGAUCUCGCAGCCUAUCACCAGACCCGCGGCAUGGAAGGCUUCCGCAGUGGAUUUUCUAGCAUCGACGAAAAGAACUGGCACCCUGCGUUCUGCUUCUCAUCCACAAUCGUCAUAUAUGCGUUUUCACAGGCGGGUCGGACCACAGAUUCCAUGGCGGAUAUCCUGCAGAUCUUUGUCUUGAUACGUGGUAUUCGCUCUAGUCUCUUGGGUGCGGGGCGCAAUCUUACGCAGACGCCGUUCUCGGCAUGGGCAAAUGGUAUCUGGAUAGUCGGAGAGAAUGAUGAGGCAUCGUAUGAUUUCGACCCGCCUUUGGAUCACAGCGCUCUACCUCUAGACACAUUUCAGGCACUGCGUCGUCUCUUCGCCUUUUAUCGCACGAACCUAUCAGACUGUAGUAGGGAAGACUAUGAGUUUGCUACAUUGCAGCUGCGAAAAUCGGCAAUCCUCAUGGCACAUGCUGGCUCACAGGCGGAGAUCGGUAUGGUCAUGUUCUUCCCAUAUGUCAUCUCAGCAAGUGUCAUGUCGGACAUCCAAGCCAAAGACCCGUGCGCUCUUGUUCUGCUCUCUUACUUCUCAGUGCUUCUAAGCCUCGUUGAAAAUCAGUUUUGGUAUGUUCAGGGCUGGUCUAAGAGACUCAUAGAGGCCAUUGACUUGCAGUUGAAUGGUGACACCAAGUUUUCUAAAGUGGCAAGGUGGCCUAAGACUAUCAUAACUAGGCAUAGUAAGAAUUGA